UUCAGUGUAGAGAAACACACUGUAACAUUCAGAUACACACAAACCAAGAUAACAAAGAUGGCCGUGUCUGUCAGUGCAGGGGAUUCUGAAAUCAUUGAGGUUGAAACAAACCUUUCUGAGGAUUCGGCAAACUAUGUCAAUAGGAAGACAAACACAGCAAAAAAAGAGGCAGAGGCAGUCCAAAAAUCGGGUAAAAUGCUAUAUAUACUGUUUGGUGUCAGCUUUGGGCUGAUGUGUGUUCUGCAAGUCACUCUGAACAUCUCCUUGCGUCUUGCCCACUCUAACUUCUUGGAGGAACAGAUAAAAUGGUUAGAGACCAGUUACAACAACCUGACUAAAGAGAGAGACAAGUUCCCCGAGCUAAAAUGGAGGAAGUUUAACUCCAGCUUGUACUACAUCUCCAACGAGUAUAAAACUUGGGAAGACAGCAGACAGGACUGUCUGAAAAGAGGAGCGGACCUGGCAGUCAUAAACAGCGAAGAGGAACAGGUGUUUAUCAGUCAAACUGAAACAACAAGCCCUGGAUUGGUCUGACCGACAAGGAUUCUGAGGGGACCUGGAAAUGGGUGGACGGAACCCCACUGACCACAGCGUUUUGGUUUACUGAAGAGCCUAAUGAUGGAGCUGUGAAUGGAGAGGACUGUGUCAACCUUUAUUACCAUACCCAGUCUGUGUUGAAGAACUGGAAUGACCUAGCAUGCAACACAGAGUCGAUAUGGAUCUGUGAGAUUGUAAAUGGCUGAUCCACAGACAAACAGACACACAGAUUCUGUAAAUACACACAUGCAGGGAGACACACACACACACACACACACACUCACUCACACACACAGCUUUGACUUUUUAGGUGGUAAGAAUGUAUACACACCCUUAGAGAUAGCUUUUUACAUGUAUUCUUAUUUCUUGUUUAUAAUACAUUAAUUACAAAUGUUAUUUGGCAUUUUAAUUAUUUGCUUUACUGUUAUUAGCCGUUAUUGGAUUGCAUUAUAUAUUUUUUCACUGUGGUACUAUUUUCACAAGUAUGUGGUACAUUUCCAUAACUCUUAUUACAAAA